AUGCCGGGCGUGGUGAGUGCGCGACUGUCUCGCACCCGGCCAGCGGAGGCCUCGGCCCUCAGCACCAGGGCCGGCGCGCGGCGGGCGGCGCGCGCAGCUCGGGGCGGGCGGGGCGGGGGCGGGGGCGGGCUGCGGGCGGGCGCGGCGCGGUCGAUGCUCAGUCGCGCCCCGACCGCGGCCCGUCCCCGUCAGCCCUCGCCGCCGCCGCCGCAGCCCGACGCAGCCGCCGGCCGCGCGCUCGCCGCAUGCCGCGCCCGCGCCGCCGCUAGCGCCGGCGUGGCCGGCGAGGCGCUCGCUGCCGUCCGCCCGUCGGCAGGUGAGCCGACACCGCCAUCGCCGGACGCGGCCAGGAGGCCCGCGCGCCCGCGAUCGAUCGUCGCGCCGGGAGCGGACCCCGCGCCGACCCUGCCUUAA